AGUGGGCAGUCGCAGCAACAGUGCAGACAUGGAGAGUCCACAGAGAGGAGCAAAUGGCAGCAAAGACGCAUCUCUUUAUCAAAAAUUUGGACAAGCAAUCACAGGUGGUGACAUGUUUCCAAACCAUCGACUGGUCAUACUGGGCCUGGGGCUGCUGAAUGCUGUGUUACUGAUCGCUGCUGUUGUCAUUGGAUUUAACUGUGCCAAAGUCAAAGAGAGCUCCCUUCACAUCACCCACCCGGCCGCAACACAGCUCAUCAGUGAGCUCGCCUAUCUCCGUAGCAACCACAGCGACAUGAUUGAAGCUGAAGAGGAGGCCAAGAGGACGUUGGACAGAGCGAUCAAAGGCCACGCACAACUAAAGGUGAAAAUCGAGCAGCUGAAGGCAACUAAUGACGGCCAUCAGAGACAGAUUGAAGAGCUGCGAGCAGAGAAGACAAACCUGCAGGUCAAUAUAUCGUCUAUGGAGGGAACCUGUGGCAGAUGCCUCCCUGGAUGGGUUCUUCUCAACUCCUCUUGCUAUUUCUUUUCCUACUCUCUGUCCUCCACUGUUAAAAAGAACUGGCCAGACAGCAGAGCGGACUGCAUUAGCCGUGGCUCUGACCUGAUUGUGAUUGAUAACCAGGAGGAGCAGAAAUUUGUAAGCAGCACCAUCACCAACAUGAGAAGUGCCAGUAACGUUUGGCAAAGCGGCUUCUGGAUUGGUCUCACUGACAUGGAUGUAGAGGGGAAAUGGGUGUGGAUUAAUAAUGUCACGGAGGUAGAGCAAAGAUACUGGAUGCCCGGGGAACCAAACGACCAACACCAGGGAGAGGACUGUGGGGUUGCAGUUUACAGCUCCAUAAAUCCCUGGGAGACCCGAUACGAUGGAAGAUGCACUGUGUUUAAGCUACACUGGAUAUGUGAAACACCAUCAAGAUAGACUUGAGAUGUGCUCUUGCUCUGCUGGUCAAGAAGUUUGGAGCUGUUGAGAAUAAAAUACUGUUAACAUGUG